AUGUCUAGAGAAGCUGAUCACGUAAAUCACGGCUCCUUACGGGGCCAUCGAAAUUCAUCUUCUGGCGUUCCGACCUCCAGGCAGGCCCUGACAGGGUCGAUGUACUCUACUACCAGGCCUAGCAACUCGAACUUCAAAUCAGAUAACAGCCUGUCCUUCCAGCGUAAAUCUUCCAAUACUCAGUCCAGGCAACAUGUCCUUAUGGUAUAUCUACGGACAAUUCAGACUCAGCUGAAAAGGAUAAACCGCCAUAUGGGUAUCCAUCCAGUGGAUUAG